AUGCCCAAUGCUAUGAUGAAAUUACUUUCACUUUUUCUAGGUUUAAUAUUUGUUGUUGAUUCCAACGAUCGGGAGAGGUUGGGGGACGCGAGAGAGGAGCUAUGGGCAGUGUUAGAAGCAGAUGAACUAAAAAGUGCAAUUCUUCUUGUCUUAGCUAAUAAGCAGGACCUUCCAAAUGCCAUGAGUGCAACAGAAAUUACCGAAGGCUUGGGUUUGCACAAAUUCCCUCCAAGCAGAAAAUGGUAUGUGCAGGCGACGUGUGCUGUCAAUGGAGAAGGCAUUUUUGAAGGUCUAGAUUGGCUGGGAAGGGAGAUCAAGGGUGGGAAAUAA